ACUGUUUUCGGACAGACGUCGUCAGUCGAUCCCGGGCGAAGGGCACGACGACGUGCCUCGGAUUCAUUCACAACUUCAGUUUGUGUCAUGUUGUUGUUGUUGUUGUUGUUGUUGUUUUUUCAACUUGGGCCGGUGAACGACGAGCUUCACGGAGAUUCCACCGGGUAUCCACGGCAACGCUGACGUUAGGGUUCAAACAGGCGGGUGUAUCGCGGAGAGAAAUAAGGAAAGGAGAGAAGCUGGCAACUCACCGGAGAUUUGUUCACCAGAUUUCAACACACCGAUCUUUCUUUCUCUCUCUUUCUUUCUCUCUCUCUUUCUUUCUCUCUCUCUUUCUUUCUCUCUCUCUCUCUGCUCCCUUUUUUGCCCCAAUAACGGUUCUUCAUUUCAUCCUAGUCAUGGAUGUGGCAGAUUCCUGAGCAGGAAGGAUGACAUCGGAGGCUGCUGUCUCCUCACCUCCUGCCAUAAGCAGCCCUGCCAAGAGGGACUACUACUGGCUUCGCUCCUUUGUAGCUGGAGGUGUAGCAGGAUGCUGUGCCAAGAGCACCAUCGCUCCUCUGGACAGAGUCAAGAUUCUUCUUCAAGCCCAGAACCCGCAUUAUAAACAUCUAGGAGUGUUAUCCACUCUCAAAGCUGUGCCGCAGAAAGAAGGCUUCCUUGGCUUGUACAAGGGUAAUGGGGCAAUGAUGGUCAGGAUAUUUCCUUAUGGAGCCAUCCAGUUCAUGGCCUUUGACAAUUAUAAAAAGCUGCUAAGCAAACAAAUCGGUACCUCUGGACACAUCCACCGCCUUGUGGCAGGAUCUAUGGCAGGGAUGACUGCAGUGAUAUGCACGUACCCUCUGGAUGUGAUCCGAGCCAGACUGGCUUUCCAGGUGACAGGAGAUCACCGCUACACUGGAAUUGCCAAUGCCUUCCACACCAUCUACCUUAAGGAGGGGGGUGUCUUGGGCUUCUAUAGAGGACUUACUCCAACACUGAUUGGAAUGGCCCCUUAUGCAGGUUUCUCAUUCUUCACCUUUGGCACCCUGAAGAGCCUCGGCUUGAAGCAUUUCCCAGAGCUGCUGGGACGCCCCUCCUCAGACAACCCCGAUGUCCUCAUUCUGAAACCCCAGGUUAACUUGCUCUGUGGAGGGGUUGCUGGUGCCAUCGCUCAGACAAUAUCGUACCCCUUGGAUGUGGCUAGGAGAAGAAUGCAGUUGGGGUCCGUGCUUCCUGACUCGGAGAAAUGUGUAACGCUGAGCAAGACCCUGACGUAUGUGUAUAAGAAGUAUGGGAUCAAGAAGGGAUUGUACCGAGGCCUUUCUCUCAACUACAUCCGCUGUGUCCCCUCCCAGGCUGUGGCCUUUACCACCUACGAGUUCAUGAAGCAGUUCCUCCACCUGAACUAGUCGCUGUUUUUUUUUUUUUUUUACUUUCCAAGUCUGGACCUGGGCCUGCACGCUCCGAAUCAUCAACCUCAAUGCUUCCUUGGUAGAGUCAUCUGAGGCUUUAUCGCUACGUCUUAAACAAUUUGGAGUUCACUGAAGGUACCACAGAAGUCACUUUAUGCUGGAAAGGGAAACUGGAUAUCAGACAGUGAGACGCUCCAUGUCUGUCCUGUUUCAUUCCCUCGUGCUCUGUGUUUUCGUGACUAGCUACCUCUUAACGAGAGGAUUUACUGUAGACAUGUGAGCAACAUCUUCAUCAAUGUCUGCAUGGAUACUGCCAUGAUGUGCGAUAUUUGGUCUGGCUAGGUUAGUUGGAUGGGUUUGGGCAAUGAUAUGCUCUUUAACAGUGUUGUUGGCAACACUACAACAACUGAUUGUGUAGAAGCCCCCUAAUUAACACAGCAAACACAGAUGUCAACACGCUUCAGAUGGACACCAUCUUAAAAUGAUCAAAUUAUCAAUUUAUUUUUAAUCGGUGUCUUUACAAAGAAGGGAACUCGUGUUAUUAAUUUAUUUGAAUAGUGUAUCACCCAUCAUGGAAACUUAAAUUCUUUAUUGUUUAUCGUCUACUUUUUACCGACUUGGUGGUGAAAGGUUUGGCUCUUGUGGAAGAGAUGGCUGGAAUUUUAAAAUAAUCAGAUGAUUCAUAAUGUUUUGCUUAUUCAGGACUUAGUGUGUCUUUAAAUGUACACGUUUGGGGUGUAGUAACUUUAGGAAAAGCUGCUGUUAGUGUGUCUUUGCAUUUGUCCUCUACUCCACAAAUCAUACAACCCAGAUAUAACAGUUCACUGGCAGGUUUUUAUUUUUUAUUUUUAAAGAUGGAGUGACCGACAUGGCACAUGAUUUCAGUUUAAAUUUUAUUGCCAAACCUUGAAUAGAGCAGUUAUUGUUUAUAAUUUAAAUUGCUAUUUUUUAUGUUGGUUAACAUGCACUCAGAUGUUUAGUCUGUAGUUUUGAUGAUAUUAAAUCCAUGCUCAGCUGUGAUCAGAGAGAUAUUCUGAGUUGUUAAGAGUGUUUGAGAUGUCAGCAUUUUGAUGUAUUAUGGAUGUAAGUCUGACAUGUUUGGAGGGACUCAGGAGAAAUUUGCACUUCAUCACUGUAGCUUUUUAUUUUUAGUUAUUGAUUUAGCAACCUUUUGCCACUGGGUGGCAGCAUUGAAUAUAGAUUGUAUUGUUUACCAUCAGAGCUGGACACAACAUUCAUAGAAAUGUCUUAGACUUGUUGUCAAAUACAAGUCAGAUUAGGAUCUUCAUGAUUUCUUCUUAAUGUUUUGCUUUAACCAAAGCAAGUUGUCAGAUAGUGAGUAUAAUAUAUGCAGUGUUUUUAACCCAGUUCAGCCAACAUUUUCGACUAUUCACUGGAGCUACAGUAAGGCUGUUGCCCCAGAAAGGCUGAACAUUGAUUACUGAAUGAAAGUGUUGUUUAAUCACUUUCAAUCUCAAGUGCACCGCAGGCCAGCUGCUGCCAAUGUUUGCAUGAGCCUCAUCAGUUUGUUGGAUAAGCAUUAUUUAUUUUUUUUGCCUUCCACUUCAUUCGAUGUCUUACUUCACAGGAGUGAUUAAUGUUUUAGAGGAGUUUCUCCACACGCUACAGUUGAUGCCUCAGUUUUAGAUCACUGUAUAUGAAUUGGGGGCGAGCAGAUGCCUUAGAACAAUGGGUUUUUUUUAACCCUUUUGAGCUUGUGUCUACAUACGACCACUCAUCACAGUUUUUUUACCUCUAAUAUUCUCAGACUGGGACAUUUGGAGACCUAAAGAAGUAAAACUACCCAGUAUUCCACAAAACAGCAGAAAUUAGAGGGAAUUCCAAACAAUUUUUUAUGACAUUAAAUUGAUUUUUUUUAGGGACAGUCCGGUAAUUUUGUCCACUUGACCCACCAAAAAAUAUUUGUAAAGUCUAUGAUGUACCCUGGGACACCGAAUUACUAGGUGGAGUCACAUUUACCCAAUCCACCCCCAACCCUCGCUCUGAAACAGUCUGCUGUCAGCAGUGUGGACAGAGUAGAGUAUGAAAGAUUGUGGGCAUGUAAAUGAGAGUAGCUGUAGUAUGAAUACCUCUACCUCUACACUGUUAAUUCUGUUUGUGGCAAAUUUACACCUUCCCUGAUAUCAUCCAUUGCCUCUGCUACCUGCUGUAUUCUCACUAGUCUAAGCUCGCAGUUAACCGUCUGUCCGUCAGUGAAGGCGGAGACUGCAGUCAUUGCUUUCAGUUUAGGCCAGUAUAGAAGAUGCUUUGACCGAGAGUUACACAUGGACUUACUAUUUUAUGAAUACUAAGUGACCGUCAAUCUAAACAUUAAAGCAUCUCAAACUGGCUGAAAAGUGUUGUUUUUUUCCCUUGGAGGUACAAAACUGAAACUUAAUGGCGAGCCAAGGGCCAAAAGCAAAUCUUUUGUAUUGUAUUAUGCAAAAUGUCACUGGGAUCCCAAGUUCCCAUGACUGACUUCCUGCGCAAAAUAUGCAUGCUCAGAUAAUGUAAAAUAAUUACUAAUUACACAUUUACAGAGCAUUUUUACCCCCCCAAAAAAUAAAAAAGCAUAAACUUUUUUAUUGAUUUUACUGAUUUAUAUUAUAAUUUCUUUAAUUCAGACAGAGGGGGUGGGUGUGUCAGUAUCAGUGGUUGUACUGCCUGGGCGGUGACGGUAUGUCAGGAUUCAAAUGCAUUUAUUUUAAGUUUUGAAGGUGGCGUUGAGGUUCUCUUUAAUCAUAUUGUGGCCGCUGAGAUUAAUCAUGUGACCCGUUGGAGGGGUCCAGACCCCUUAGAUUGGGAACUACUGCUCUAGAAUAUUGAAAUAUACUGAGAAUUCACACUCAGACUACUGAACACUUUAAAACCUGUUUACUGCGGAGGAUGUGGGAUCUCAAUAGCCUUCGGUUACCUCUUGGCAGCACCUCAGUUCGAAGGAAGUUGUUGCUGAACAAAAGUCUAAAAAUCUCUGAACAUAAAGCUCUCCCAAGUGCGAGUAAAUAAGAAGCCAACUGUAUGUAACAAUAACUGAACACCAGUAUCCAACUGUGCCUACCUGCCUGGGCUUAAGAGUAUAAUCACACACUCGCACUGGUGGUAAGUGGUAGCUACCAUUUGGGAAACAGAAUAUAGUUUUCAGCGACUUUUUUUUUUCGCUGCUUUUUAUGGUGCCACUUAUUCAACUGAACUACUGCUGUGUUUAGAAGCUUUCAUUUAGUGAUCUUUCACUGUUAUUGCUGUUUUUCUUUUGGGUUUAGAAAACAGAUCAGUUCUGUUCCAGCUGCUCUCUGCAACAGAUAAUUAUGUAAAAUGAGAAAUAUUCCAAAAUUGUCCAUGCAAAUGUAUGUAAUGGUAUGCUGUGCUACUUUAUCAGUCUGGGGUAGAUGACUGAAAGAAGAUACACUGAUGUGAGAAUGACUCAACAAUGAAAAUGCCUUUUUUUUUCUUUGUUUGUCAGUUUAAUUUUCUGUUUAAUGUUCAGCUUUGCCUGCCUUGUUUUUUUUAGAAGCAGUGUCUGAAUUACAUUAUGUCACCUUCUUAAAACAGUA